AUGUCUAUUAAAGCAGCAGGCAUACAUUCAAACAAGCAAUAUUACAUUUCAGGCACCGAGGCGGAAGUUACUGGCGUCGUAGGAAAGGUUCUUGAAUUGGGGCUAGUGAGCUCGUUUGCCGUCGCUGCGUUGAAAGUAUCAAAAAUAAAGUUAAUGAGAAGAUUGAUGGUGUCAAGCGAAGACUUGAUGAGAGAAUUGAUGGUGUCGAAACAAGGCUGGAUAAUGUCGAAAAAAGCUGGAUAG